UUAUAACCUAAAAAUCGAAUAGCACACGCUACAUACAAUAACCUAGAAAUAUAAAAUUAUGACAAAUAAGAGACAAUUUUUACCUCACAAAAUAACAUGUAACAAUCCAAUUUUUUUCUACUUAUGCACGUUAUUAUGUUAUUUGCCGUAAAUUGUUUUUGGACGAAGUGCGUCGAAAGUAUUCAUGAAAUUGUACUGGUGCCAGUCCUUUCGACAGUCAUAUGUACAAUCUCCAAAUCAUAACACAGUAAUUUGAAGAACAAGAAUAUAAACGUAUACAAACUAAGAGGACUUACAUUUUUCCUCGUGUAACUCUGCUGACAAUGAAGAUUCAAGAUACUUCAUUCAUCUACUGUACUUUCAUCAUUCUACAAAGUGUUUACGGACUUCAUAAAAAUUUAAAAUAUUAUGAAACAAUUCAUAGUACCAGUCUUCAACAUAGGAUUACAAAACGCGGCAUUCAGCACAGCUAUCAUCCUUAUAAUAAAAUUAAUGAACUAGAAUUCCACUCACAUGGACGACAUUUUCGGUUAAUUUUAACCCCUAGGAGAGAAGUUAUACAUUCCAAUUUCAAGGCAUACGAAGUCAAUGCUGAUGGAAAAGAAAAAACUAUACAUUUAGAUCAUGACAGCUUUUACCAUGGCCGUGUAUUUGGUGAAAUUGAAUCUCAUGCCCAAGUACAUAUUGAUAAUGGUAUUGUGACGGGUAGUAUUACAAUAUUGGAUGAAACCUUUCAUAUCGAGCCAUCCUGGAGGCAUCUUCCACAAUUUGAUAAUCAAACAAUGAUAAUUUACAAAUCUUCGGAUGUUAAGCUCAGUUGGGAGCAUUAUCAAGAUGGAGAAGGACAUACACAUGGAGCUCCUAAAACCUGUGGUUACGUUAAAGAAAACUCAAAUUUUCUGCUGGAUGAGAAGGAUGAUUUUGAAGAGGACGAUAUGGAGAUAGAUAGCCGUAGGGUAAAGAGACAUACAGAAAAUUACGAAUAUACACCGACGAAAACGAGAUGUCCGUUAUUGUUGGUAGCUGAUUAUCGAUUUUACCAGGAGAUGGGAGCCAGUAGUACGAAAACUACAAUUAAUUAUCUGAUAAGUUUGAUUGACAGAGUGCACAAGAUUUACAAUGACACCAUGUGGCAAGAACGGCAGGAACAGGAUGGUUUCAAAGGGAUGGGUUUCGUCAUAAAGAAAAUCGUCGUCCACAGUGAGCCCACACGAGUGAGAGGUGGUGAAACCCAUUACAAUAUGGUUCGUGAGAAGUGGGACGUCCGCACAUUGCUCGAGGUAUUUAGCCGAGAAUACAGCCACAAGGAUUUUUGUUUGGCCCAUUUAUUCACUGAUCUCAAGUUUGAAGGUGGUAUUCUCGGGCUAGCCUAUGUCGGAUCUCCUCGUAGAAAUUCAGUAGGUGGCAUUUGUACACCAGAAUACUUUAAAAAUGGAUACACGUUGUAUCUGAAUUCCGGACUGAGCUCCAGCAGGAAUCAUUAUGGGCAGAGAGUAAUUACGAGAGAGGCCGAUCUAGUAACGGCGCAUGAAUUUGGCCAUAAUUGGGGUUCCGAACAUGAUCCGGAUAUUACAGAAUGCAGCCCGAGCGCGAGCCAGGGUGGAUCUUAUUUGAUGUACACUUACAGCGUUAGCGGCUAUGAUGUAAAUAACAAGAGAUUUUCGCCGUGCAGCUUGCGAUCCAUCAGGAAGGUGUUGCAGGCGAAAUCCGGACGGUGUUUCUCGGAACCGGAGGAAUCGUUCUGCGGUAACUUAAGAGUCGAGGGUGACGAGGAGUGCGACGCGGGCCUCCUCGGAACGGAGGAUAACGACGCAUGUUGCGAUAAAAACUGCAAACUUCGAAGGAAUCAGAACGCAGUUUGCAGCGACAAGAACUCCCCUUGCUGUCAGAAUUGCGCGUACAUGCCUUCGGGCACGAAGUGUCGCGACGCCCAAUACUCGACCUGCGAACAGGAGUCGCGUUGCACCGGGGCGUCCAGUGAAUGUCCGAAAUCACCGCCUAUGAAGGACGGCACCAAUUGUCUCGAACGUGGGCAAUGCCGCACGGGCAAAUGCGUGCCGUACUGCGAGACCCAGAGUUUACAAAGCUGCAUGUGCGACACAAUUGGCGAUGCGUGCAAAAGAUGCUGCAGGAUGAGUUUAAACGAGACGUGCUUCCCGAUCGAUCCGCAGGAUAUUUUGCCGGACGGCACACCGUGCAUUCAAGGCUUCUGCAACAAGGGUAUAUGCGAGAAAACGAUUCAAGAUGUGGUGGAACGAUUCUGGGACAUCAUCGAGGACAUAAACAUCAACAAAGUGAUGCGUUUCCUCAAAGACAACAUAGUAGGAGCUGUGAUAAUCAUUACUGCCAUUGUUUGGAUACCGGCGAGUUGCGUUAUCAGUUACAUCGAUCACAGGCGUAUCAAGGAGAGCGAGAAGAAGUGGCGGUGGAAGCACACGGACGAGCUGAUCCAUCCGGACGAGCACAGGCGGGUGAUCUACGUCGGCGGCCAACGACCCCGAGUACAACACAUGAUGCAUCGCGAAUCACGAAACUAGAAUUAGUAUUGCGUUGUGUACUUCAGUCAUCUAGUCAUUGUGUCAUAUUGCACAGGGUGUCGUAGAACGCGUUACAAGUUAAAUAUUUAAAAUUGUGGAAAUUGUCGCAAUUAAGUGUUAUAAAUAGUUGCGAAACUGCACUUCGCACGCAAGCGAUAGGAAUCCCAGAUGGAAUCCGGAACUGGUCAUCAAGGUGAACCACUAACCUGACGCAAUCUCGUGACGUCUUUGCGUAGAAAACAAAUUAAGACGGUUAAAAAUACGCAGUUGGAAAAUUCUCAGUUGCUCAUUGCAUUUCAUUCCACAGUGAGAGUAUUUAAUAUUUUAAUUUAUAUAUAUGUACAUAUGUGUAUAUUAAUAUAUAUAAAAAUAGAAAUUGUUUUUUUUUUACUUUUAUGUAAUGUAUAUGUUGUGUAUUGAAUGAUGCAAUUUUUUUUACUAUGUAUUAAAAAGAAAAAAACAUU